GUUGGGGUGAAUUUGGGAUGACAAAGUUGAGGUUGGAGCUCGGGUAGAUUUUUAUCGUCUCUUUUUGCUGGCUGAUACAAAUUCACGCGAUAAGACCGACAACAAUACCAUACAAGGAACUUAUCAUAGAACUUUUACUUUCACCUAUCGAUGUGGAUAUUGCUGGGAUUUAUUCCGAUUAGAUAAUGGAAUGAAUACCAUGAAGCAGAAUGCGCUUCCUAUCUCAAUAAAGGAGUUUGCUGAUGCUCUGUUCAAGAGGCCAUGUCAAGUUCCUUAUCAUUAUGACCGGCGGGGUCAUAGGACUUUGGGUAUGUGAUUGCAUUUUACUCUUGAUUAAUGUUUACUAACUUCUGAUAGGGCUUGCGGUGAGUGGAGGAGUAGAUUCAAUGGCCCUUGCGGCGUUGUGUAUGCAAAUGAAAAACAACUACAUACCGUUUGCAUUUGAUGGAUAUCCAAUACAUCUGAACAAGAUCGACUUUCGAGCUAUCAUUGUCAACCAUGGAGUAAGAGACGGCAGUCUAGAAGAAGCUCAGAAGGUCAUGAAAGUGUUGGAAUCUUUAGGUAUGCUAAUAUCUAUAUUCGUAUAUCUAUAGACCUCUGACACAAGAAUGAAAAUAGGCAUGACCGGACGAAUUUUAACUCUCCCAUGGAACGAUGUCACUGGGAAUCCCUCCAAGCUACCUAAUUUCGAGAGCUUAGCCAGGAAGUACCGCUUUCAGGCAAUUGGAAAAUAUUGCCAGAAAUCCGACAUCACUUCACUCCUUCUCGGACAUCACUCUGAUGACCAAGCCGAAACUGUAGUAAUGCGUCUAGCGAAAGGCGCUCUGGGAGGCGGUCUGCUUGGUAUCAAGCCAUCUUCUCCCAUACCAGAAUGUGGAGGUUUAUAUGGAGUUCAUGAAAGCGGGAGUCCCAUAACACUCUCUCCACCUAUCACUAAUUUCAAUCAUCAGACGAAGCCUCUCCCAUCGCGUCAGACAGGACAAAACAAAAUCGAUUCGCCUGCAUCUGGGGCCAAAAAGAUCAUGCCCGAGUUAAAGGUAGAAUCGGGAGGUAUUACUCUCUAUCGUCCCCUUCUUGAAUUUCCAAAAGAAAGACUCAUUGCGACAUGCAAGGCUCUAGGCAUGGAGUGGUUUGAAGAUGAUACCAACAACGAUCCCACCCUAACGGAUCGGAAUGCAAUACGUUAUUUAUACGAUCGUACAGGGUUGCCUUGCAUAUUACCAAAAUCUAGAGUUCUCUCUCUUGCAUUACAACUUCAAAAUGCUGAUAAUUUACGUCAACAAGAAGUCGAUCAGCUUAUAAAAAGAUGCAAAGUAACGAGCUUCAGUACUAGACGUGGGACCCUUAUAAUCAGGUUUCCCUUCAUAGCUCACGACGCGCCUCAAAGAUCAACAAUAGCUGCUAUGUUACUCCGUCGUAUAAUCAUGACAGUUACCCCAAAUUCCGUGGUGUCUCUCGAACAGGUUUUGAAUGCAGUUCCAGAAAUAUUUCCUCUGCCUGAAAACGAAAUCGCGCCAAAAACCUUUAACACAGCUGGUGUCAUGUUUCAACCAAUUAAUGUCAAUCCAAAAAUCGGAGGAAGCAACGAGUGGCACAUCUUUCGUCAACCCAGAUACAGGAAUUCACCAGAUGAAAUUGUUGUCCCGGAGCUGCUCCCGGAGAAGCAGCCCUGUUGGGUCUUAUUUGAUAAUCGCUAUUGGCUAUUGAUACAUAAUGAACUGUCCUCCCAGGCUGGUAGUCUGGUCGUCCGAUUCCUCAAUGAAGAUGACAUAAGCAAACUAGGAAAAGCUCUCGGCGAGAAAGAAUCCUGGAUAUUGAAGAGACUUUUAAGAGCGGUGGAAGGCGAAACGAGAUGGAGAUAUUCUCUACCUGUUGUUGUGUGGAGGCCACAUGGCGGUGUGAUUGUGGGCCAGGAGGUGAUUGUUGGUUUACCGACUUUGGGAGUGAGAGUUGAUGGUUUCAGUCGUGUCAAAUGGUUCUGUAGGUACAAGAAGAUAAAUCUGCAAGACCUAGGUCUGCAAGCUGCAGAUAAACCAAAGGCUUUCCAAGUCCGUCGGGUGAUGGGGCUCAAAGGAGAGGUCUCAGAUGGGCCGAAGUUUGCGCCUUGGCUCAGCAAGCGCGAAAAGUCUCUGGCUGGUUUUGGUGGAGUCUCGAAGUUGGAGAAUUAAUAUGAGCGAUUACUCAAAAAGGCCUGAUACCUAUUAUUCCGUCUUUCCUAACUUUCUUUUGACCAAAGAAAUAUCUUGUAUGCCACAAGGCAAUUGCCACAAAUUCAUCAUGUUCCGUCUUCCUUUCUUCGCCUUUACAUACGCCUAUUCAGCUGGAACAUUCCAGUUCUGUGGUAUCAUGUCAAAAAACCUACGUGUUA